CGGCAGCGGCAGCGGCAGCGGCGGCGACAGCUCUGGGGUUUGCGUCUCGGGGUGUGUCGGCCGCCGCUGCUGCUUGGGCUUGGUAUGUACAAAUGGCUGGUUAGGAUCCUCGGCACCAUUUUCCGUUUCUGCGACCGCUCGGCGCCCCCUGCCCGGGCCCUGCUGAAGAGGCGGCGCUCGAACAGCUCUGUGUUUUCUACAGUGGACACUGAUGAAAUACCAGCUAAACGACCAAGAUUAGAUUGCUUUAUUCACCAAGUGAAAAGCCAUCUCCACAAUGCUGCCAGCUUGUUUGGAUUCCCAUUCCAGCUGACCACGAAGCCCAUGGUGACUUCUGCUUGUAACGGGACGCGGCAUGUGGCCCCUCCGGAAGAGGUAUUUUCGAACUCUUCAUCUUGUGAACUGAUAGCUUCUGGAUCCAGGAACAACAUGCUGAAACUGGGUAAUAAAUCUCCCAAUGGAAUAAGUGACUAUCCAAAGAUCAGAGUGAUGGUGGCGCGAGAUCAGCCCCGGAGAGUCCUGCCCUCGUCGGGUUUUUCUUUGAACUCAGACGGCUACAAUAGAAGACCCAGUGGCCGUCGCCAUAGCAAAGGCAACGCGGAGAGUUCCUCGCUGUGGAGACCGCAGGAGCAGGCUGCCUCCGAGAUGGCACCCGAAGAGGGUGGCAAGGGCCUGAGGCGUCCCCACCGCACCGUGGAGGAAGGUGUUCAGAAAGAAGAAAGAGAGAAGUACCAGAGGUUAUUAGAGCGACUUAAAGAAGGUGGUCACGGAAGCUCUGUCCCUCCUGUAACUUCACACCAUCACAGUUCUCAGAGAAGUCACAUGGACACAUUAAAGACCAAAGGCUGGAUGGAAGAGCAGAGUCACGGAGGCAGAGCAACUCAGUUUGUUCCAAAACAAUAUAGAGCUUUUGAAACAAGGGGACCUCUCUGUCCAGUGAGGAGUGAAAAAAGGUGUUCAAAGGGGAAAAUUUCUGAUGCAGAGAAGAUGAUUGGACUCAGACCCGAAAACGAAGGUAGGAGGGGACACCAGCUGGAGCCUGACCUAUCGGAAGAAGUGUCGGCCCGACUUCGCCUGGGCAGUGGAAGCAAUGGCUUUCUCAGGAGGAAAAUGUCAAUACUUGAGGCGAAGGAAAAGAAUUUCUCAGGCAAAGAGAGGGACAGAAGAACAGAUGAUCAGCUUGAACUUACAGAGGACAUGGAGAAGGAAAUCAGUAACGCCCUCGGCCACGGCCCGCAGGAUGAGAUCCUGAGCAGCGCUUUCAAGUUGCGAAUUACUCGAGGAGACAUCCAGACCUUAAAGAACUAUCACUGGCUUAAUGACGAGGUCAUUAAUUUUUACAUGAAUCUUCUCGUGGAAAGAAAUAAAAAGCAAGGCUACCCAGCACUUCACGCAUUCAGUACUUUCUUCUACCCUAAGUUAAAGUCUGGGGGUUACCAAGCAGUGAAAAGAUGGACCAAAGGGGUAAAUCUCUUUGAACAAGAACUUAUUCUGGUGCCUAUUCAUCGGAAGGUACAUUGGAGCCUUGUGGUGAUGGACCUAAGAAAAAAGUGUCUUAAGUAUCUGGAUUCUAUGGGACAAAAAGGCCACAGGAUCUGUGAGAUGCUCCUUCAGUAUUUACAGGACGAAAGCAAGACCAAAAGAAACAUUGAUCUGAACCUUUUAGAGUGGACACGCUACAGCAUGAAGCCACACGAGAUUCCUCAACAGCUGAACGGGAGUGAUUGUGGAAUGUUUACUUGUAAAUACGCAGACUAUAUUUCUAGGGACAAACCUAUCACAUUUACACAGCACCAGAUGCCUCUGUUCCGGAAGAAGAUGGUGUGGGAAAUCCUGCAUCAGCAGCUGCUUUGAGAAUGCUGCCCGCUCCCUCCGGCACUGGCGGAUCCUUCCCAGCCGUCUCCACAUACCUCAUGCAUCGUGGGUUCCCAGUCCCUGCGUCGUUUCUGUUCUCCCACAGGUACUGAGCUGUUGCCAUGCAUGGAGGCCUCUCUCGGGGUGCGGAGGGGCUGCUUUCGACCCUGACUAUAAGGCCAUGCCUGCUUGGAGCCCUGGACUGUUCAGCCCACACAGAACAAACGCUAAUUAAUGUUUUCUUGUUUUAGAGUCAUUUCCCUUUGAAUGUGGGAAGUGCAGGAUUUACGCUAUGAAUUGUUUUUCCGUGUGUUUGUUCACGUGUUCUCGUUCGCUCACUCGUUUGCAAACAUGGGGUAGUGGCCAUUUCCCGCUGCCUCUGACAGUUAACCCAAAUGACAUGCUUGAACUAUUUAUUUCUGAGAGGAAUGUUAACCAAGCUGCCUCCCCCUGCUGAUGCUCAGGAGGGACAGCAGCGGGGGAGGACCGCGCGUCCAAACCGCCUUGAAGGCUGGAGCGGCCACUGCCAACUCAGAGUGAGAGGUCUGCCUUCUGUGUGAGGCUCCGGGAUGCCAGGAGAGACAGAAGCGCUGUGCUUGGGGAUCUGGUUGGGAGCAAGGCCAGCGUGACCGUAGCCCAGGACCUCAGGCCGCCUGCGCGCCUUCAGAAGUGUCGUGCUCAUCUCAAAGCAGUUCCCUUCUGGAGUUGAGGUGACAUGGCUUACUCUUGAAACUGGAUUCAAAGUAACUGUAAACCCUAAAUCUCCCUUUUCUCCCAGAUCCGGUCGAGUAUAAACCUCAGAAUUGUAAGGGCUGGCCUGAGCUGUUUAUUUCAAAAGAUACUAUUCAAUUUAAAGCUAUUUUUCCUCAAAGUUUUUUUUUCUAUAUAUGAAGCUAAAAUUAAGUUUUGUACCUAUUAUGAUGAACACACACACACAUCCCACCCCCAGUGCCCUCCCACCAAAAUCUGUGGAAGAAAAUUUAGUACCUGGCUCCGAGGUCGCCAGUUACACAGUAGUCUAUUUUGCAUAUGAAAGUUUGUAUUUAACUUUUUGUUCAUUAAAAACCUUACAGAUGUGGUUAUGCAUUUUUAAUUUCAGAAAGUUUAGAGUUGGUCAGGACUUAGUUUGCAAGAUCUAGUGCCUGGUACCACUUUUCUGGCAUAAUAAAGCCGAGUGGCAGCCCCCAGAGAGCGCCUGCCGGGUGACUCCCCGCCUGCCCCCACCCCCCGCCCCUGGCCUCGCAUCCACCUGAGAGGCUGAGCAAGGGCUGGGACUCCCUGUCCCUGGGCCAGGCUCCUGCCGACAAAGCCUUUCAGCCAGUUGGCUGUGAGAUGGGUCAAGGACUUGUGUGGCGGCCUGGGCCUGGGCCUACUCGGCCGGCAGAACGUCCCUCGGCAUGAGUGGCACAGAGGUCCCUUCCCGCAGCCUCGAUCCUCGCCCUGGGCGAGGUCCCGCAGAGCUGGACCUGUGGCUGCGGCAGUAGGCAGCUGACCUGGCCCCAACAGACCAGAGGUUUGCUGGGUCCCCUGUGCGGAGUAAGACGCGCAUCCCCCUGGGCGUGUGCGCUUGGAGCUGAGCGUCCCUCGGAGCGGGGCGGUGUGCUGCUGUGUCAGGUCGAGCUCUGCACGGCAGCGUGCUGGACUGAUGCAAUGCUUGAGGGCUGCUCAGGGCUGGCCUCACGGGUCGUCACAGCUCUUCACAGUCUUCCAGGACGUGAGAGAUCGCUACCAGCAGAGCAUUAAGCUGGAGAGGCGUCUGCUUGGCCCUCAGCUCUGAACUCAAGGUGAGAGGCCGCCAGCCGCAGUCCUCUGGGCGCCGACCUCCUCCGCGGUGCACAGAAGCAUGCUGGCGUUAGGUCUCUUCUUGGAGAAGGUCUCACUCUAGUCCAGGCUAACCGUGAACUCGCUGUGUAGCCUCGGUUGGCCUCAAAUAGCAGUCGUCCUGCCUCAGCCUCCCGAGUGUUGGGUUUAUAGGCCUGCACCACCAUGCCUGGCAGUAAUAGAAUUUUUAUCUCUCAACAGUUUAUGAGGAAAGUGGUCUGGUGAUUUUAAAAAGCAUCUAUUGAUUGUAUACGUAGCAAAUUUGCAACAUUAAAUCCAGUCAUUUUUUUUAAAUUGCAGUAGUCUGGUGACCUGAGAAAAGACGUGGCAAACCAUUGCGCUUUCUUAGUGGGUGGUCUCUGUUCUUACAAAGGGACAGGUUUUGUUUUUUUUAAUAUACUGUAGGCGAGCAUCCUUCUCAUGCUUGGCGUUGUGCGAGAGCUGGGGUUGGGGUGGAAGAAAAACCUGGGGCAUCUGGAAGACGUUCUCGGGUGCCCUGUAUUCUACCUCAGUUGCCAGAGGCUGUUGGGACCUCUGAGCUUUUCCUCCAGAGUCCUGAGCACCCUGGGUCCCACCGCGUGGGACUCCGGCUGCGCUGCAUGCCAGGACCAGGCGCAGGUGUGGGAGGAGGCUGCCUUGGAAAUGCAGAGUAUCCGGUACACACAAGCGUUGCAAAGAGGUGAAGUCUGUGAUGGCCUUAGUCCUGCAGUUCCGCUACCCUGCUUCAUUGGCUUCUGUGAACUACCAAGGAGCGCACUCUCUGUUACAGUUUCUUCGAGAUAAAACUCCAAGAAUCUGAUAUUCAAAUAAACUUUUGGCACUUAGCUAGUUGUAAAUUGGAGUUCUACCUGGCUAGAUUGCUUUGGUUUUUAAAUUUUAAUUUACUUAAUAUAUACACGGAUGGAUUUGGGGUAUAUUGGAGUAGACAUUGAUUUUAUCUAUUUACCAAUAAACUCAUCUCUUUAAUUCA